UUUUUACGUAACACUCGGACAAAACGACUGUAUGUGGAGGAGCGCGAGUCACUACAUUCUCUUGUACUGUGAACUGUAAGAAUGCUUUGACAUUUAUUUAUUGUUUUUGUCAAAUUAGUGAAUGUCACUAGCAAGCAUGUCGUUGCGAAGACUAGACCAAGAAUAUGCUUUGGAGGAAAGGGGACGGUUUUUUAUAUCAUCGGAAACAGAAGGUGACUGGAACGAGGAUAGCCAUGUCGAUCACCGUCAACUUGUUUUAUUCAAAGCUGAUGCUUUAGCUUCGGAAAAUCGUCUUAAAGAGGCUGUCGAUAUGUUUGCCAUGGCUCUCAGAUAUGGCCCUGUCCGGCCAGACCAGCUGAGCAGUUUAGUUGGAUGCGUUCUGCGUAACUUCAAGAAGAAAUCAGAGGAGUCGACUGCAAAAAGUGAACCGAACUGGACACAGGAUUGUGAAUUUGACUGCCCUGGUUGUCAUAGUUUCAUAGCUGAUCCCGUGACGGUGACAUGUGGACAUACGUAUUGUAGAAGAUGUUUACAACAUAGCACUUUUUCGAAAUGUAAACUGUGCAGGGAAGACAUUAGGACGCGGCCUGGGGAACCCCGACUGAAUGUGAUCUUAUGUGCACUUUUAGAGAAGUGGUUCCCAGAAGACGUCAAAAGAACUAAAUGUAUAGGGGAAGCUGAGACCCUACUGAAGAGUAAACAGUACGACAACGCUAUUACACUAACGAGUCAGUUAUUAGAAUCUGACUCUAGUAAUGUGUGGGUGCAGGUGUGCCAUGCCGAGGCUCACAGAGGACUGAAGCAGUACCGUCAGGCUUUGGAAAACUGGGAGUCCUGCCUGAUUGCUGCCCCUUCCCCAGAGGGGUAUUUCCGGAAAGCAAAAAUUCUCCAAGAGAUGGGUCAUGUGGAUGAAUCCCUGCAAGUCUUCCUUCAGUGUUUGGCAUUGGAUGAAAACUUCCAUCAGGCAAAACAAGAGGUGGAAAUGAUCUUGCAUGACCUGUUGGCUCCGGCCUGUGAUAAUGUCAAGGUUGGAUUGAGAGAGACGACCCACAGCACUUCCUUUCACCUGCGCAGUAAAACCCUGGUGUCCGAUGGCCAGAAUCCCAACCAGCAGACCCAGUUGCAAGCCCAGCACCAGUCAGACACUCAGGCAGCAUCUGCCCACCUUCCCUCUAAAUCCUCAGAGAAACCAGGUCGAUCUGAAAGUCUGGAGCGCUCCGGCCUGAGCAGAGCUCACUCCCUUCGUGCUCACGGGAUAGGGGGAGCUGUAGAGGAGGGGCUUAAAAGAGUUAGCUCCGCCCCCCAGUUGGGUGACCCAGAAAAAGGCGCGCUGCUAAAGAGGAAGCUGUCUGUGUCUGAAGCAGGGCCUGGCAUGGCUUAUAGCCACGGCAGUAAAUAUAAAAAGCAAGUAGUGACUGCCAGUGCAGCUACUCCUGUGGUUACUGAGGAAACCAAGUCCUAUCAAACCCUGCCAAAAGACCUGCUGGACCCAAAUGAUUUUGAGUGCUCUCUCUGUAUGAGAUUAUUUUAUCAACCCGUCACGACACCCUGUGGUCACACGUUCUGCAAAAACUGUCUGGAGCGCUGCCUAGACCACAAUCCCCAGUGCCCUCUCUGCAAAGAAAGCCUGAAAGAGUAUCUUGCCUUUAGAAAGUACACAGUCACACAAGUGCUGGAUAACAUCAUUAAGCAGUAUCUAUCCAAGGAACAUUCAGAGAGACUGAAACUGCAUGCGGAGGAAACAAAAGAGCUCUCAGAUUUAACAAAGAAUGUGCCCAUCUUUGUUUGUACCAUGGCCUACCCGACUGUGCCUUGCCCCCUUCAUGUGUUUGAGCCACGAUACCGUCUCAUGAUCCGACGCUGCAUGGAAACCGGGACACGUCAGUUUGGCAUGUGCAUCAGCGAUCCACAGAAAGGGUUUGUGGACUUCGGCUGCAUGCUUCAAAUCCGCAGCGUACAUUUCCUCCCAGACGGGCGCUCUGUUGUGGAUACAAUCGGAGGAAAGAGGUUUCGCGUCCUCUCACGCGGAAUGAGAGAUGGAUACUGUAUUGCCAACAUCAAGUAUCUGGAAGAUAUGAAAGUAAAUGACGAGGAAGAAUUGGAAAAGCUACAAGUGUUACAUGAUCAGGUGUACGAUCAGGCCCGUAAAUGGUUCCAGAAUCUGGAGAACCGCUUUCGGAACCAGAUCCUGCAGCAUUUUGGGGCAAUGCCUGAGAGAGAGGCUGACAUCCAGGCCACACCUAAUGGUCCAGCGUGCUGUUGGUGGCUGCUAGCUGUUCUUCCUGUUGAUCCACGUUACCAGCUGUCUGUCCUCUCUAUGACAACACUAAAAGAACGACUAGUCAAGAUCCAACACAUCCUCACCUACCUGCAGAACCUCCCCAGAGACUAGAGCUUCCACACAAACGCUCACAGAACUCCUUGUCCCUCUGCUGGCCAACAUGCUAACACUCUAUGGUGCUGACUGAAGAAGAACUAAUGAGAUUCCGAGGAGAAUCCACUGAAAACCGAGCACAGAUUUCCAUCUGUGGGGUUAGAUGUAAUUCAUGCAGAGUUAUAAGAACAAAAUGUUUUUUGUUUUCAUACCGAUCUGUUCAUCACCAUCAGUUUUCUUUGUGUUCAGGAUGAGAGUUAGAUGACAUCCGUUCCUGUAGUAUUUAUUGUUCAGCAGCUUAUCCGAAAUUCUUUUUCCGUCAGAUGCCCGUAGCCUCCAUACAGAGCUUUGAGGGCAGAAAUGUUGCUGGAGAGCAUUCCAACAUUUUCAACAUGAUCAUGCUGUGUGUUGAAGUGGACAGAAAGCAUCUACAAAAAGGUGAAUUUUUGGGCACCAAGAUAGAAGGCCAUUUUGAAUCACUUAAAACCCCUGCUGACCUAAGCUGGUCAGGCUGGCUUUAGCUGGUCUCCCAGCCUGGUUUUAGAGGGGUUUUGGUUAGCUAGGAGACUGGGAGGCUGGGAGACCAUCUUAAACCAGCUGAACAACAGCUAACCCAGGCUAGGAGACCAGCUACUUCCAGCUUAAACCAGCUAAGAUCAGCCAACCAGCUUAGGCUGGUUUUAGCUGGAUUUUUCAGCAGGGUCUGGAGAAACGAAAGCAGAAAUAUUGCUUCUGAGCAUCCAGCCGAGCUUUCUGUCUUGACCUGUUAAGCACGCACAAGAGGUUGUUGUCGCACAACAGAAGAGUUGCCUAAGACAGAGAAAACUCUGAAAAUGCACUUGUAUUCAUUUGUGUUACUUUUGCAGUACUGGGCGUUAAUGAAGCUUGCACGGUCCCGUCCUGUCUCAAACUUUCCGCUCAUAUAUGGGCACGAUACUGUUUAGCAUAGGUUUAUUUCAUGCUGAGGAAAUAAUUAGGACUUCCAAAUGUCUCAGUAGUUUAGUUUCAGACGUAUCAUUAAUUUUUACUGUGGGUUUGCUUUCAAAACAGCAAAAACAACACGUCACCAUAUUGCAGGAGUCUCUCUUGGGUACAAGCUGCACUCUGUCAAAUUCUUUAAAGAUCAUUUUUGAGAAUGAGAUUGGGAUAUUGAUGUAUUUUAUUACAAAUCGCAAAGGGAAACUUGCAAUAUUUUGACUGAUGAAAAACUAAACAAAUCGUUAGCUGCAACCAGCACCAUACUGAAAAGAGAUCCAGCAAGCAUUCUGCAUAUUGACAGUCAUGAAUGCUGACUCAUUAGCUCAUACCUGUGUGGUGCUUGUUGUGUGCAGACUAAACUAACUUUUGCCUUAUAAUACCUUGUCGCAUUCUGCUACUAUGGUAAAAUGCAUCGGCUUGGGUUUUUGCACUCUUGUUGCCGGAGAAAUAAUUCUGUGGUUUAAUUUACUUCAUCUGCCUCUUGGCCAAAAUCCUUUCAGUGUAUAGAAUAUGUUAAAUAAUGGCUGUUGUAUGUAAAUCAUGUUUUGAAAAAGAUUUUUUUUUUUUUACAGCUAUGCUCAAAUAUUUAAGUUGUCAAUUUUCAAAUAAAAUGCACAUCUUUUUCAUUGUA